AUGCUCGCUUUUGUUUAUAUAAAUAACCAUUUUGAUUUCUGAAGGAAAAAAAAAACACUCUGUUAGUUAUGGAAAUGAAGUAAACAUUAAAACCCUAACCAAUUAUCAGAUUCAAUGAAGCAAUGGAUUUGAUCUUUCAUCCCGAAAAAGGCUCCCAUUUCACCAUUGAAGUCGGCUUCUUCGACACCAUCUCCGAGAUCAAAGAAAAGAUCCAGAAGCUCCGCCGCAUCCCCGCCGCCGCCCAAACCCUAAUCUUCGCCGGGAAAGUCCUCCCGGAUGACGUCGACGUCCACAACUCCGACAUCCUCCACAACUCCCACAUUCACCUCGUCGUAUCCCCCGCCGCCGCCGCCCGCUCCCCCACCUCUCCUCCUCCUCCUCCUCCUCCGCCGCGCCGCAAGCCCCUCCGCGUGAGAUUCCGGGGGUCUGAGGCCCCCGGAAUCUCCCUCGAAGUGGACCCCACGGACACCGCCCACGCGAGCGGCGCCGAGCUAUCAGACAGCCGGGCGGUGGCCGACUACGAGCUCCCCGACGGCUCGGAAAUAGACGUCGCCGUGAAAAGGCCUUCUCCGGCGACGUCGUCUGGGUCGUUGGGGAGCGGGAGCGUGGGCCCGAGGAAGCUUCUACGGGUGACGGUGGUGUCGAAGUGCGGGACGAAGAGGUACGCGGCGGAGGUGAAUCCGGCGGGAAACGUCUGCGAACUGAGAAAGGAGUUGGAAAAAAUGAAAAGGAUGAAGGAAGAGGAAAUGGAGUUGCCGGAAGAAGGGUAUUUCUUCAUAUACAAGCAGAAUGUGAUGGAUGAUGAUCGCUCAUUUAGGUGGCACAAUGUGGGCCAGGGUGACACCAUUGAGAUCUUCAAUGGGAGUGUCACUGGUGGAGUUUGAAGUACUUAGUUUGAUUUUUGGGAGUGAAACUAAUUUUUUUUGUCAUGAAUGGAAUAAAAAUGGUAAGAUUUUAGUAUAGAAAUGAUUUUUAUUGGAUUUAUUUUAUAGAAAAUUAUAAGAAAUUUAUUUUAUUGUA